AUGGACAAUACAUUUCACAUAGAGGAUGAAUCAAUAGAAAGUCAAUGGAUAUCAAUUUUAGUGAUAGAAAUUCAUUGGUUAACUUCAUCAUACAAUCUAUAUUAUUGCUUGAUUGAUAGCGAUGAUAAUGAUGAUGAACAAAAGAGAUCAGAGUGUGUAAAAUUAUUCUCAAACUAUCAUUUAAAUAAAUUCAUUCACUAUUUCGAUGUCGAAGGUUAUGUAAAGUUCUUGGUUGAUUUCUUCUUUGAGAGAUCAUCUAAAGUAUUCAAUCAAAUUUAUAUAAGUCUUCAAUGCCAAGAUUAUAAACCAUUGGUACUUAUUAUUAUAAGAAAGAUUGUAGAUGAUAAAAGAUUCAUACAAAUGAAUCAAUCUGAUAUCGAAGAAUUGAAAAGAAGAAUAGAUAGUUAUAGUAAUAAUUUAAAAUUAAAUAGAUAUAAUUAUAGUUUUAAUUAUAAUUAUUUGUAUGAAAAGGACAAUACAAACAAUAAUAAAGUAAUCUCUAACAGCAGCAACAACAACAACAAAUUAGAUAUAAAAACAACAACAAACUCUACAACAAUAACAACUACACAAAAAUACAUUUUAUCAGAUUUAGUAUUGAAAAAUAUCAUUUCAAAGACUGAAUUCGAUUUUGAAGAUCAAAGGAGUGAGAAGAAUGAUAAUAACAAACUUUUUAACUUUAAGAAUUUCAAUACAAUUAAUCUUGCGUUGGUAUCGAAAAGAUUCUUUAAUAUAGUUUCGAAAAUCAUAAACAAUCUCUAUUAUGGUUGGUACAACUAUUUCAAUAUUGACAAUAAAUAUUGUUUAAUCAAAAAAACUCCGCUUCUAUUUGAUUAUGAAUCGAUCAAAUAUAUCAGAUACGAUCGAGGUGCUGAAUAUGCCAAUAGAAUGACAUCAAGAGUCGAAACAUUCCACAUAGAAUCGGAUGAAAUCUACUCCACUACCGGAGGGUCUUUACGUAGAGAUUAUUUAUAUUCACAUUCGCUCAGCCCGAAUAGUCAAGAUCGUACAUCAAUUUUACUACCAGCGUAUUUAGUACACCCACCACCAAUGCCAAACCUAAAGAAUAUCGUUGUUCAUAAUUAUAUGGGAUUCAGAGAAAACUAA